AUGUGGAAAUGCCCAAACUGCCUACGUAAAGUUGAGGAACAUAAAGACAAAAACAGCCGGAAAGUAAAAUUUAAAGCUGGAGUGCAAUUAUUUAUUUACAAUAUCUACCUGUUCGCGAACAUCGUCGCUAGGGGAACAAAGAAGUCUCGCAAAAAUGGGAACUGCACCAUGAUCAACCACGACCCUGGUGUUAUCAGAUGCAAUGCCUUCACGACGCUUCUUCAGCAAGCUCUCCUCCCUUCAGUUCUUCCGGAUCUCUACCAUGUUGUCCUCCCUCCUCCUCCGCCCCUCCUCCGCGUCCACCGCCACCUUGUACUUGCUCCGCCUCACUCCGUGCUCGCGUUCGGUCUCAACGACAUCGUUUCCGCAAUUCAGAAAACCAGAUAA